AUGACCGACAAGCUUCAGGUAGCCGUUGCAGGCAUUGGACGCAUGGGUAUGCGCCAUGCGCGUCACUUUGCAACUCUUACACCCCGUGCCGAGCUCAUUGCUGUCUGCUCUCCUGUUCAGGCUGAGCUGGAUGCCGCUAAGAACGAGUUCAAGGGUGUCCACACUUACCUCGACUACGAGGAUAUGCUGAACCAGGAGAAGUCUCUCCAAGCUGUCGUCGUCUCCAGUGCUACCACCGUGCACGCCGAACAAGCCAUCAAGGCAAUUGACCGCGGACUCCACGUCCUCUGCGAAAAGCCCAUCAGCACCAGUCCCGAGAUUUCUCAAUCCGUGGUCGACGCCUACGCAGCCUCUAUCAAGAAAUUCCCCAAUCAAAAAGUUAUAUGUGGUUUCUCUCGUCGCUUCGACGCCUCAUACCGCGAUGCACACCGUCGCUUGGCGACUGGCGAAUUCGGCACACCAUCCGUCUUCCGCUCACAAACCUGCGACAAGCUCGAUCCUAGUGGAUUCUUCGUUGCCUAUGCCGAGUUCUCAGGUGGUAUCUUUGUGGACUGCUCUAUUCACGAUAUCGAUCUCGCUCUUUGGUUCUUCGGUGAGGACAUCAAGGUUAAGAGUGUUGCUGCAGUUGGUAUUACAGCUGUGCAGCCUGAUCUGCGCAAGCACAAUGAUCGCGACAAUGCGGUUGGUAUUAUUGAGUUCUACGGUGGCAAGAUCGCUCAACUCUACUGCUCCCGCAUGAUGGCCGCCGGUCAAGAAGACUGCACCGAAAUCUUCGGCACAAACGGCAAAGUCGCCAUUAACACACAGCCCCAAUUGAACCUUGUAAACCUAUACGAGUCCACUGGUAUUCGUCGCGAGAUUCCGCCAGACUACUACGGCCGAUUCCGCGACGCCUUCAUCACCGAGGCGAACGAGUUCACAGCUUCUUGUCUUGAUAAUACCCCUCCUCCUCUUCGUCUCGACUCUGCUGUCAAGGCUGUUACUAUUGGUUGUGCUUUGCAGGAGUCACUGAUUACUGGAAAGAAGAUUGAGUUCGGUGAGGACGGCGACCUUUUGGAAGUCACUUCUGGAAGUUUGAUUAAAUGA